AUGGCCCCCAAGAAGAACAAGAAGUCCGCCGACUCCAUCAACUCGCGCCUUGCGCUUGUUAUGAAGUCCGGCAAGGUCACCCUUGGCUACAAGUCCACCAUGAAGACCCUCCGCUCCGGAAAGGCCAAGCUCGUCAUCAUCGCCGGCAACACCCCGCCCCUGCGCAAGUCUGAGCUCGAGUACGUCGCCAUGCUGGCCAAGACCAACGUCCACCACUUCAGCGGCAACAAUAUCGAGCUUGGCACCGCUUGCGGUAAGCUCUUCCGCUGCUCCACCAUGGCGAUCCUUGACGCCGGUGACUCCGACAUUCUUGCCUCCAACGUCAGCGCUUAA